CAGCAUUUCCCGACUUCCAACAACUUCAUCAGCCCGGGCUUUUCUCGCUUUUUCUCCCCCCUCCUUCAUUCCUCCUGCAUGCCGGCGGCGUCUGUCUGCAGGCUGGAAAGGGGAAACUUGCGGAAUUAAAAAAAAAAGGGACGUUGCGCACAAGUAAUCUAUUAGGGCGCAGUUUGAAGAAACAAGUAGACGCUGGGAUAUAACUCUUAUCCCCCAGUGUUGGAAAGUUCCCAGCGCAGCAUCGAUCGAAGGGACCUCCCGCCCACUUUAUUACCUCUGAUCCACACGAUCCUGGAAGAAGAAGUGGAGGGGGAGAGAGAGAGCCGAUCAGCCGCUGCGGUGGAUGGAGUAACAAAGGCUGCGUGGUGAAACUCAAGCAGCGAUUCUGGUCAGAACUCUGUGGUUGCCUCCUCCUGUCAUCCCCGAGUCCUUCAAUAAACGUGCAGCAGCUGCUCGGAUCUCGUUCCGGGAACAUCUAAACCGGCCAGGGGGGAAAAACGCUGCAAGACGCGACAUUGAUGCUUUGGCACGCAGGAGCGCACCGCCGACCCUGCACUUUUGCCAAAGUCUCCUAGGAGGAAGACUAGUUUUGGGGCCCGAAGUGGGAUUUUUUUUUUUUUUUGCAGAAGUUGCAUGCGUGGUGUUUGUGGUCUCCAGUGAGCCCCAGCCAUUCAUCCAUCCAUCCAUCCUCUCGGGUUAUUAUCAGACAAGAUCCGGAUAGUUGAGGUGCCACCAUGGCGAUGUGCGGGGGGUUUUGGGUGCUCGUUCUGGCACUGCACAUUCAAGGGUUACUGUCGUCACCGCCAUUACCACUGAAGACCAAAGCCGGCGGUGGACAGAUGGUACAGAUGGACUCCACUAAGUCUGGCUUCGUGGGUACACAAGUGGAACUGCGCUGCAUCUUCAUCAACAGCAAUCCACCGGUCAAGAUCUCCCAGGUCACCUGGCAGAAGCUCCUGAACGGCACCAAGCAGAACGUGGCCAUCGCCAACCCGGCCCUGGGCGUGUCCGUGCUGGCCCCCUUCAAGGAGAGGGUCAGCUUCAAGCAGGCGGCGGUGCGCCAUCGCACGCCCUCGCUGGAGGACACCACCAUCGUCUUCUCCAACCUGCAGCUGUCCGACGAGGCGGCCUACAUCUGCGAGUACACCACCUUUCCCGCUGGGAACCGAGAGAACAUGGUCAACCUCACCGUGUUUGCCCGGCCAACGACGGGGAUGACGCUGACGAGCCCCACCAUCGUGGCCAGGGCUCAGAAGCGCAAGAUGACGGUUGCCACGUGCGUGUCGGCCAACGGGAAGCCGCCGAGCGUGAUCAAGUGGGAGACGAGGUUGAAGGGCGAGGCCACGUUCCAAGAGACCCGCAACGCGAACGGGACCGUGACGGUGCGGAGCAACUACGUGGUGACGCCGAGCCGCGAGACCCACAAACAGAAGCUCACGUGCAUCGUGACGUACCGAGGCGAGAGGAUCACCGACAGCGUGAUGCUCAAUGUGCAGUAUGAACCUGAGGUGAAGAUCGAGGGUUUUGAUGGAAACUGGUACCUGAACCGUCAGAAUGUUCAGCUGACCUGCAGGGCUGACGCUAACCCCCCUGUCACCAUCUACCAGUGGAAACUCCUGAACGGCUCCCUGCCCGCCAACGUGGAGAUCAAGAACAACACCCUGUUCUUCAAGGCGCCGGUGACCUACGACCUGGCCGGGACCUACGUGUGCGACGCCACCAACGCCAUCGGGACGCGCACCGGCAUCGUGGACGUCAACAUCACAGAAUUCCCUAACAACCCGACACCCGGGGGCCGCGAGAUCCCGCAGGAGCAGCACAAUGCGGGUGCCGCCAUCGGGGGCGCUGUGGGGGGAGUUGCCCUGUUGGGCGUGGCGGCCAUACUGCUCUUCGUGUUCCUGCGCCGCCGCCAGCGCACCUUCAAGGGCGACUACAGCACCAAGAAGCACGUGUUCGGGAACGGCUACGGCAAGACGGGCGGCCUCCCGGCACACCCGCCCAUCCCGCAGAACCUGCAGUACCCGGACGACUCGGACGACGAGAAGAAGCCCGCCCAGAUCGGCAGCACCGGGGGCUUCGAGGCCGGCGAGCGGAAUUUCGACGCCGAGUCGGAGGACCUGAAGAGGCCAUAUUUCACGGUGGAUGAGGGCGAGAGCCGAGAUUACGACGAGCGGACUCUGGCCUUCCAGUACGACCCCGAACCGGAGAUAGCCGACGACAUGAUCUCCCAAACCGAUGGCUCUGUCAUUUCUAAGAAGGAGUGGUAUGUGUAGGGGCAUGCGACAACCAAACCAAACAACCUUUUUGUCCCCCACCUGCAUUCCACCUCACCCUCCACCUCCAUCCUCCCCCCGUCCUCGCCCCCCCCAGCCUCCCAUCCAUCAAACUGCACCGUCACUCAGCCCCCUGCUCCCUCCUCACUCCCCCGACAUCAGACCCCCCCCCCCAUCCAGCUGAUCUCAAUUAGAAAACCAAUCGUCUGAUUAAAGAAAUAUCGCAUUUCUUGACACGACAGCAUUUGUGUCCUUAAGGUGAAAGGGCAAAAAUACAAACUGAGGUACGUAAAGUGACUGGCUGUGGCUGAAGGCCAGGAAGGUGAUUGGUUGAUACUGGUGUAUUCUUUUUUUUGUGUAUUUUUUUUAAUUUUUUUUCCAUGUUAUAAAUGUAUUAAAUGUAUAAAAUCAAACAAAAAACUAAAAAAAAAGUUAGCAGGUUGAGGUUUUGCUGAGCACAUUUGUGAAAGUCCUACACUGGAUGUACUAUUUGUCCCCUUUUCCUUUCCCAUUAGCGUUGCAGGUUUGUUUUUAUUUUUAUUUUUUUUUCUAUUCUCCUUUUUGUAUGAUUUUUAAGUAACUUGAGAAUUGACAGUCGAGUGUGUGACAUAAUUACAGGUGGAGUUCAAAGUGUCUGUAGCGUUUUGGUCGUAUGUUUCAGAAGAAAAGAAAGAAAAAAAACAAAGAAACAGAUGUACAGACCUGUAUCAUUUCUCCCAUUCCUCAGCGGGGUGAUAAACAGCUCACUUUUGCAUAUAUAUAUAUAUAUAUAUAUAUAUAAACAGCAUCGACAGCAGAAACGCCAUCGCUGUCCUCCAAAGACAUGCUUAGCAUCUCGACCUCCCCGUCCUCCUAUGUGCUUGGUCUGUUCAUUUGCUGAGAGGGACUGGGCCACAGAACCGGACAUGGCAGUGAUGAACAGAUGAAUAUCCAGUGUUUUCAAUGUUGUACUUGAUUUGCAUCCAUGUUAAAUCAGUGCCCUUAUCAGUGGGGGUGGGGGGGGCUGCAGUCGUACCGCGAACAACAGUUUCUACUUUCCAGACAGACUGUUGGUGAGUUUCACAGGGAGAUCUGGAGGAACGCCCUGAAAUGUCCCGACUUGAACAUUUAGACCUGUGCACACACGCUCUUACCACUACGGUGAAAUGUCUGAUUUUUUUUUUUUAAUUUGUACCUGUGUGUAAAAGCUGUCGACGGUUCUGGUUUGUUUUUGUUUUUUUCCUUUUCUGACCCUUUUUUCAAUCAAAUGGAUGUCCAUUGUGAGAUUUCCCAACGCUGACCGUUGUCCCGCCGGUUGUGACUGUCCUGAAGUGCCGGCUCACAUCCACUGCGUUUUCCUUCACGAGGAGGUACUCAAGGACGCGAACGAGGAGGGAAAUGUCUACCGAUGCUUUCAAUUGUGCCGUCAGGGCAAACAUUUUAGCAAGAAAAGGGAAUGGGAAGCAUAAUGCUGGGCAUGCUGUAGUGUAAUAAGUCACCUGCUGCAUUCAUGAUGCUUUUUUUCCUUGUUUUUUAAUUAAUUUUCUACGUGAAUUGAGUCACUUCUUGGGAGGUUUUAAAGUAAUGAAUUGUAAUGAAUCAUUUCCUUAAUGUUCAUAUAUAUAUAUCUAUAUAUAUAUAGAUAUAUAUAGAUAUAAUGUAAGUGCCAGUGGAUGCUACCAUACUUAAUAAGAUAUUUGUUUCCUCAGCACUGAGGUCCUUUACACAAUCAGCAAAAUGUAUUUGCUGCAAACAGAAAAAGCUCAAUGUGAGAAAUCGAAGAUAAGAGAAUCAUUGCAGUAAGUCCGUGGAUGUAAACAACACAUCCGACAGGUUCUGAACAAUAUAAAUACUGUAUUAAGCCUUAUUUUAUGCAUGUUCUGUGUGUGGGAGUGGAAGUGCAUACGUUGCUAUUUUUACAUUUUUUUAUUAUCAUCAAUUCUUUUUGUUUUUAAAUCAGUUCCAGUGUGUUUGUCUUCAUUUGCAGCUCAAAAGACGACAUUGUCGUUUUUGUCAGCGCCGACGGGAGUAUGAGUUCGUGGGCACGUGGUACCCAGCAACGAUAUUGCCGUUGACACAACAAAGCAUAUAGAUACAUAUAUAAAUAUAUUGAUUAAUAAAGAUGACACACAAAGAAAAGAAAAAAACCAUUUCUGCGGGAGAAGAUCCCACAGACGUGAAUGUUUUACAGUCCAUGCUUGUCGAUUGUACGCUUUUAGAUGAGCAUGUUAAUCUGGAGCCUCAAACUACCAGUAUAUUGUAUAAUAAACAUAAAUUAGCAUUGCAACAUGGGAAAAAAAAAAUCAUGUUCUCGUUGCUGAUCUCGGUUUUGUGCUCUUGCAUUUUAGUUUAAUUUUCUGUGGCCUUAUUUCUGUUUUUACUAAGCGAUUCAUGACUCAGAAGAACCUGAACGGCGGCAGUCCGGUUGCUGCUGUCUUUGUACAAACGCUGUUUGCGGUUUAGCCUUUACUUUUGCAUCGCUAGCUAACUUCAAUUUCAAAUGGCUUUCACCACAGCACAAUAAACUCAAAAGCAUCUUUUUUGUUUGUUUGUUUUUCCCCUCUCUUUUGUUUUUACAUUCAGUGCCUAUCAGGAGAUAGAGGUAUUCUGGGCAGUCGCUCCCGCGCCGUUUACGUUAUUCGUGCCCAGAAAAGCAGAAUAAAUAGUUAGGGGAAAUUAAACAUCGCAUUCAAAGUGCAUUUUUAUUCUCAUCUCACAAGAAAAAGUGCAAUAGGUAUGUUUGUCCAAAUCUCAAAAAAUGCAUGAGUGUCACAAUCCAAGAAUAAGCCUGUAGGCUGCCGUUUUGUGUUAAAUUAGCCUUGAACCAUGAAUAUUAAGCCCCUCCCAUGUUUGUGAUCGCAACUCUAAUCAUGUUAUUUCGAAUCUCUAAAGCUAAAUUUAUAUAACCGUGGGCUUUAACCUUCCACAACCUAUAAAGGUGAAAUGACCAGAAAGCAUUUCGCCGGACGGGUGUAUGUAACGCCCACCGUCUGUGGAGCGAGACGUAGCAGCCUGAAGCCAUUGUCUAUCCCUCCGUCUCCUUAUAAGCGUCCAGAUGUGAACAUUGUCAGCAGGAAUGUCGCAAGAUCCAUCUAACGGUGAUGUAAUUAUGCAGCUGCAGAAGUCAGGAAAUCAUUGUCCAAUUCCAAAAUGACAUGCUAUGCUACCACUGCAUACCGAUUUCACCAAAAUGUUUGACGCAGUUUGGAUUCUGGAACAAUCGCAAGAUGCCCGUAUGGUCCGAACUCGAUCUUCACAUCAAAUGAUCUAAUAAAAGCUGCAUUUAUGAACAUUUAAAAGUAAUGACGGCUUGCUGCUGACACGGCACUCAACAUUGGAUCGUUAACGUCCGACAGGAGGUCCGAUUUCUGCAACUUAAGUUGCGCGUCAUUGAUUUUCCUGAGCACAACAAUUAAAAUAUAUUUACCUUCUAAAUCUCAAAGAAUGAACAUCUCCCCUUUCAAAAGCACAACUGUAGGCUUUCAUUUGGCGCUACGCUGCAUCCAUUAUGAAACCACUGCCAUACUCAAGACAUUUUGAAGGGAGAACAACCUUUUUAGUCGGGAGUCAGCGCUCUGUAUCCUGGCAGGUAUUAACAUUGUCCUCAUCUUGUCAGGGUGUUACUAUUUUCUUUUUUAUAAUCCUUAAAACUAACUGAAUUCCAUCCUAACUUUCUUUUUGUAUUCAGUUUGUUCAACAUUCCACUGUAAAUAUUGUAUAUAAGGUUGAGAUUAUAGUCUGGAUUUAUUUAGGGACAUCUGUGUCGGGACCCUGUAAUGUAAAAUAUACCUAUUUUGACUGCAAGCGUGGAGACUCGGUGGUGGAUACUAGUUGAUGGAUAGCUCUUUCCAAAUUCCCACUGAAAAAUGCUCCUCUAGUACAUUUUCAGCAGGCCGUAGUGGCCCUAUUGUCAUACGAAGCGGUGAUGAAUAUAGUUUGUCAAUUUGAUGUAAUUGAAAUAAACUCGGAAAGAGAGAAAUUGUUUGUAUGAAGCCAUGUGAAUGUAUAUUUCUGAGGGUGUUACAAAUACAAAGAAAAAAAAACAAAGAAAAAAAAACUCAUGUUCAAUUGUGAUGACCCAGUGAAGUAAGUUGUAUUUGUUUUAAGCAUUAAAUGAGUUCAAUAGUCAACAUUGUUCUGUCCCAGUUCACUGAUUGGAUAGAUGUGUGUUAUCAGAUUGAAUAUGGUUCAUGUCUGCAGCACAUUUCUAAUCAUUGUGUAUU